GUCACCGUGUUAUGGUUCCCACUGUGUGCAGCUCUCACGUGAAGCUCGGUGGUAACUGUUUAUUAACUGUAAUUUUGUCAUAUUUUGCCACUCAUUUUCAUCAUGCAUCUAACGCAGGAGCUAGAGCUUUUUCCCGAACACAGAGUGACGCUACUACUUUUCAAAGAGGUCAAAAAUGCAGCGGAGUUGAGAAAAAGUGCCAUGGAGGGUAAAAUAAAUGGUGCCUUGAUCAACCCCACGAUGCUGGUGGAUCCAUUCCAAGUGCUGGUAGCUGCAAAUAAAGCAGUUCACUUACAGAAAAUUGAAAAAAUGAAGACAAGAAAUCUCUACUCUGAGAUUAUCUUCAACCUGUCACCUACUAAUAACAUCUCAGAGGCCUUCAAAAGGUUUGGGAUCUCAGAUGGCGAUGACUCUGUAAUGGUGGUUGUGGUUCACAACAAAGACGAGUCGCAGCUUCUGACGGACAUCGUAGCCAAGGUGGAUGGACAACAGGUUUCAGUGGAAGAUAUUUCCUCGAUGUCAGACUCCGCAAAGAUCAAAAAGCUGUAUAAAGUCACUCCCCAGGAGGAGAAGUGUGGAACUCUACUGGAUGCAGUUGUAUGCAGAAUGGCCACCAAGGAUGUCUUGUAGCUCCAACACCACAACAUAACUUUUCUUAUAGAACACUUAUUGUAUUUUUCCUAUAUAUAUGAUGUUAAGAUGUGUUUUUUCUUAAUAAUGUUAUCACACUGUAUUGUAAAGUGCCAAGCCUCCAACUGUUGUCCUCCUGGCACUCAGUGCAAACUCUCAUCUGUGCGCCAGCUAUGGAAAAAUUCUCAGUCUCCCAGCUGAGGUAAAUAUAUCUUAUUUUUCAUGAGUCUUUACACGAACCUGUCUUUAUUCCUGUUAUAGUCUAUAUGUUGGUUAGACAGUAAGGUACGAGGAAAAGUUUGGGAGGUGGUUAGGGAAGUCAGAGUACAUUAUUUAGCAUCAUGCUUAGUCCCCACAGCAAUAUUUCAUGCUUGUCACUCUUCUGAAACCCUCCAGUUAUUUUUGUUUCUGAAAGCUGAAGGUACAUUGUGAGAUUUUUUUACAGAGGGGGACAGUGAUGUAAAGCUGGUCUCAUGCCAGCAGUGCUGAAUAAUGAAAGAAAAGUGCUCUAGGCCAAAUAUCAGCAAGGUCUCUAGAGAAUUAAAUAAAAAAUACUUUUACAUUCACAGCACUGACAUGAAAGAUCCACAGUCAAGCCAAAUUUCAGUUAAACCCUGUCAGACGAUGAAAAGAAUAAUAAAUGCACUGGUUGUCUAAAA